AGUCGCCCGAACCCGCAGCCCCGUAGAACACGGAGUGAUUCAACCCAUUCCUUGCAAUAUUUUUCCCAAACCACCAAAAAAUUGAAAACUGAAAACCCUAGAAAUGGAAACUAGGUCAAAUCCCCAAUUCUGAUUUGCAUGGAAUCCCUACACCUAUCCCGUAUUCCCCAUAUCGGAUCCGCCUUGUUCGUCACUUCUGGGACCUUCCAUUUCUUCUUUGCUGGUGGCUGACCCGAACUCGGACUGAGAUAGAGAGACAGAGACAGAAACAGAGAGAAAGAGAGACAGAUACAGAGAGUCAGGCUUAUGGAUGGUGAGGGAUCAGGUCCGGCAGGUUGCAGCCCGGGAUCGAUUGUUUGGGUGAGGAGGAGGAACGGGUCAUGGUGGCCCGGGAAGAUACUGGGGCCCGAAGAGCUCGGGGCUUCUCAUCUCACUUCUCCACGGUCUGGGACUCCUGUCAAGCUUCUCGGAAGGGAAGACGCUAGCGUCGAUUGGUACAAUUUAGAGAAAUCCAAACGUGUGAAGGCAUUUAGAUGUGGUGAGUUUGAUGAAUGCAUUGAAAAAGCUGAAUCCUCCCAGGGCAUGCCUAUAAAGAAAAGAGAGAAAUAUGCACGUCGAGAAGAUGCUAUUCUGCAUGCUCUUGAACUUGAGAAGCAACUUCUGGAAAAACAAGGAAAUUUUGGUAUAGAUUCUGAUCGCACAAGCAAGAAAUUAUCUGGUGGUUUGAAAAAGAGUUUAGUUAGUUGUUCAGAAAGUCAUGGAGAUGAUAAUGGAAAACAUGGAAAUUCCAAUUCACAUCAAUUUCCUAGCAGACUUGAAACAUAUCAUAAUGAUAAGUCCAUAGGUGGUGGUCUCUCUUCAAAGAAAGCCAUAGAUGGAAAUCAACUUAGUGGGGAUGAAGAUCAUUCUGAAAUUGUACCUCGGAUGAGAGGCUUGCAGGAUUUUGGUCUCAGGAUCACCCCUUCCAAACAAAGGCUUUUAUCUUCUGUUGCUUCGAAUGGUUCUCGGAAAUCUACAGUUGAGCAUCAUGCUGAUGCUCUUCCUGGUGGUGGUGUCCUUAGUAUGGGAAAUGCAAGUCAGGCAAAUGGUAAGCUUUCAUGGCAUAAGGGGUUGACUAAGGGACUUUUGGUCAAUAGAUGUGAUAUGCACUGCCCUCUUAUUCAAGGUUUGCAGAGUUGUACAAAAUUAGGAGUCCCUCAUUCCUUGCUACCUGACUAUAGUGCUGUUUCUACAUCUAUUUCAGGAGUGGAGCAGAUGGGAGUCACUUCCCGAGCAAAGAGGAGCAGAAGUCUCUACUUGACAGCUGAGCAUGGUGAUUCUUUUGAUUGUGGUGAAACUUCUCAAAGCCAUAUUGUGAUGUCCACUUCCCAAUUUCGAGUUAACUGUCUUCCUCAUCCUGGUUCUUUGAUUGAAGAAAACUCUUCUGCUUUUACAGAAGAAGUUGAUGAUUCUUCCGAAACCAAUUCUUCGGACUCCGCGUCUGAUUCUUCCGAGACAGAACCAGAAAUCGAUGAAGAGACAACUUUACUAUCAGAAUGGAAUGCGCUGGGAAGAUCUGAAGCACAAGAACAUGGAAGCAUGAACAUUGAGGAGCAUGAUGGUUUAACAUUUUUGGGAGACACAUCUCACCUUUAUCUUCAUGACCAUGUUUCUGCUAAUGAUGCUAUGUCCAAAUGGCGAUUGAAAGGUAAAAGGAAUAUUCGCAAUAUUACAAAAAGGUCUGUGAAUGCAAGUGAUGGAAAAGGUUCCAUUCAUGGAACGUAUUCUGAAGAAAAGGGAAGUGGUUUGAGGCAAAGAACAUUGAGGCAGAAUUUGAGUUUCCAUAGAAAUGAUGAUUUCGAUUAUAGUGUUGAUGAUGAUGAUGAUGCUGAGGAUGAGGAUGAUGAUGAUAAUAUAAGUGAAAGGGAUUUUGGCAGUCAGAAAGUAAAAAUGGACAGUAGAUAUUCCUUGGCAUCGAGAGCUGCAUCCAGGGGUCGAAAUAGUGUUGCACGUAAUAUGGCUGAUUGGGAGGACUUGACUUGGGAGGAUCAGUCUGCUUUGAGAGGAUACUGGGGGGUUAAAGCGGAGCGUUUUGAUCCAUAUUUUAAUGCUCAUCGUCGUUUUGGUGGGAGGCCAAGGUCCAUGCUGGUCAAUGUGGAUUUGAAGGUUCAAGCAAGCUAUCAAAAAGAGCCUGUCCCUAUUGUAUCUCUGAUGAGCAAGUUAAAUGGGAAGGCAAUUAUAGGGCACCCAAUUCAAAUUGAAGCCCUAGAGGAUGGUUCAGCUGAAACUCUUCUUUCUACAGUCGAUUUUGGUAAUGAGGUGUUUAACAAUGAAAAUACAGCACUUCAGCCAGCUUGGAGGACUGCAAGGAGAACGGCAAACUUUCGGGUCCCACGUCCUCAUUUAUCUUCAGUGCUGGAAGGUGAUGAAGCUGCGCAUGAUAUUCCCUUCUUAGGUCAAGAAAUGAAACCCCCGUUAAAGAAAUUAAAUGUAGGGAGUUUCAGUUAUAAGCCAUGCCCAGAUAGGAGUAACCUCCCUCUCGUUCCUCGGCCUCAAACUGACCUGAAGAUUUUGAAAAAGCCACCAAAGAAAGUAAGCUUAUCAUCAAGUCAGAAAACUAGAACUCUGUCUUCAAUAGCAACUGAACAGAAUUUUAGUAUCAAGCCAAUACAAGAUGGCAAUAGUGGUCUCAUGGAUGGGCUGAUAAAGCCAGAGUCAUCUGGGCACACUACAGUUGCUUGCAUACCCGUUAAAUUAGUAUUCAGUAGGUUACUCGAGAAGAUCAAUAGGCCGCCAUCAAAAGCAGCUAGUAAAGCGGUUUUGUUGAAUGGUGAUGUGGAGAGAAAUCAGUCAUAGGUUACUUGUACAUUUUCAAAUGGGAAACAAUAAAAUAUUAUACUGCUAGCACAACAGUUAUUGCUUAUCAGCAUUGUGAAGGUGAAGAUUCUGCUGCCUUUUCGAAUAAUGAGAUAAAGCAGGUAAUAGAGAGAGAAACCAUAGAUUAUUAUUUUUAAGGGACAUUAACUGCACAUUUGUAGGAACUGGGUUGGAAUUAGAGAAACAUAACUUGUGGUAGCCAGAAACAAGGUAAUUAGAACUUAUGUCCAAAGUAGGUACUUUGAAAUUUAUGUUGACGCAUGUAUAUUUUUAUUUCUGUACAAGCUUAUUUAUGUACAUUUUUUAUUUUUAAAAAAAUAUAUGGAAAAUCAGGAAUAGUGGGGAUCAAUUUAGAUUCGUUGUCGAAUCA